GGGUUCAGGGGCACUGCCAACCUGCGGUAAACAGGUCGUCGUGCCUGGCCAGCUCGCCAGCCGGCCGGUGCCAGCACGCGAAACUCCAACGCACCAUCUCGAACGCGAGAGAAACUAGUUCACUUCAGUCUUCGCGUGGCUUUUCGAAGGGCUAGGUAACCUCACUAGCGCGCGUCCAUCGCCUCGCCCAUCUCCGCCUUCUGGAUCAGCCUCGGGGCCACGCCGUCGUCGCCCGGCCGCCCCCGCAAAACCACGGUCCCAAAGGGCUCCGGUCACGAUGGCCUCAAGCGGCGACACGGACGCGCAGACGUGGGUGUUCCCGCCGCCGGGCGUCGACGUCCCUCCGAUUGCUGCCACGGGCGACUUUGGUCCUGUCCACUAUGGCGACUCGAUGAUUCUCGACUGGGAUGCCCCGACCGCGCCUGUCGUGAUCUUUAGUUGCUUUUCUCAGCUACAGAACAACUCAAACUACUAUGCGGUCCGGGAUAAAAGGCCCCCGAUCACAUACACCUUUGACCAGACCGCCAUCCAGCAGAGCGCCUUCGACCUGACGUUCUGCCACUUCUACUUCAGCCCUUCCAAGCACGGCAACACCAUAGUCUUUCAGUACGACAACAAGCCCCUCGCCAAGCCGGUCACCUGGUCCGCCGGCUCGGUCUCCUCUUCCGCCACUUCAUCGUCCGGCGUCUCCUCUACCGCGUCGUCUACUGCUUCUUCUUCUUCUUCUGCUGCUGCAACUAGCGCCACGAGCGACCUCCCGGCAAUCUCCGCCUCAAACACCCCGCCUGCCAACCCAACCGGCGGAGCUUCCGCCGUGGCCGACAGCGGCAGCACCGGUCUCCCCGCGGGCACCUCCGCAGGCAUCGGCGUCGGUGUCGCUCUGGGCGUGCUCCUCGUGGCCGGCGUGGCGGGAUUCCUCCUGUGGCGACGGCGGCGGAAGACACAGCGACAGCAGCAGCAGCAGUCGACCGACUCGAACGGGCCCUUCGAGGUGCCCAGCGGCGGCAUGCAGCAAUACGACGGGACCAGCACCACCACGUACUACUCGCCCGAGCAGCACCACCAACACCAUUAUGCCGUGGCCAAGUCGCCAGGCGCGUACCAGGACUCGGUGCCGCCGACCGCCGAGCUGCAUAGCGGCUACCAGCCCUCGGAGCUGCACAGCGGUCACAGGCCGACCGAGCUGCCGUGAUAUCUGUGCUUUACUAGCGGCGGGAAGGGG